AUGCCGCAAUACAAAACCUCGAAUCUUCGGAGACGAACUAAGUCGCGGGCUGGAUGUCUCAAAUGCAAGCAAAGGCGUAUUAAAUGUGAUCUCAGGGAUCCUGCAUGCGCACAGUGUGAGAAGGUCGGGCUCAGCUGUCCUGGGUACAAGAGGGGCUUAAGGUGGUCUUACAAGCACGAAUUACUCAGGGAUGAACAACCAGUUCACCAAGGGAAUUGUGGCAAAAUUCGAAAAGUGGAAAAAGCCAACAAGCUGCCAGCCCCUAUUACUGCAGGGAUAAGGAAAACGUCCACCCGCACAGCGGAGAGAAAGAGAUCAAUCGUUAGACACGCCUGCUUCAGGAGAACAACCAGCCCCGUCCCACAUGUCUAUCUCGAGAUCCCAACCGACCAGUUAUUGAGACAUUACUUCACGAUAGUCUGCAGCACGAUCUCAGCUCACGACUCCCCGCAAAACCCAUUCCGCUGCCUGGUGGCAGCACUCAUCCCCACCUAUCCACCCCUGCUCCAUGCAGUGCUGGCCCUGUCCGCCGCACAUCUCCAGCAGCAUGAGAAAUACGGGGGAAGGCAGGCACUUGAAUACAAGACCGAGGCUAUGUCAAUGGUCGCGGCGCAUAUCUCGCACCUUAAUAACGGCGCCGUUGCCAUUUCAGCACCCUCCAGCAGGAACACGGGUACAACCGCUCUGCUUCUGACCGUUAUAUUUAUGGGAAUCAUCUCGAAAUGGAAUCCAACGGAAGACGACGCCAACAAUGCCACCAUAAUUGACACCCUGCACCUUCAAGGCGCGCGUGCGAUCUUCAAGCACUGGAUCGUCGGCACAAACCCACAACUCAUCCGACCAGCGCCAUACCAUUUACAUGCCACCUUCUUUGUGGGCAUCCUUGCGUGCUGGGAAGCAUUCUCGUCGUUCUACGUUGACCAGGACCUGAACACAGUCGAUUACCUAUGGGCGUAUGCUUACCCAGGGUCUGAGGCAGAUGCUCCCAACCCAUAUACCGGAAUCAGCACGUCGCUGUUUAUCUACAUGGCCAAAGUAGGGACAAUCUCCAGGCAGCUCCAUAGAUUGAAAUGGCAGCGCUUGGAAACGUGGGAUGCGUGGGAGAAUGCCCAAGAGGCAGGGGCAUACUUGAACCUGCUGCAAAAGGCGCAGGAGAUCGAAGACGCAGUGCGCGGAUUUCCAGUCCCCCGGCUGCACGAUCACAGCUCCAAGGGCGACCAUGCCCCUUCGCCCGCACAAGAAGCAGAGGAUCCCACCACAUGGCGCAGCGGAUUCUGCACCCUAAGCCGUGUGUAUCGGCUCUGCAUCCUCCUCGAGCUGUACCGCGUGUUCCCCGAGCUGAUCCCACUGGUCUACGCUUAUAGCGAUACGCCACCUGCGACUAGCUCGUACCCUAGCCCGCGCACAAAGCCGCUCCUCCUUGCCCUCGCAACACAGGUCAUCGCCUUGCUGAUGUCCCUCCCAAAGACGCCGGGCACGAAAGCGAUCCCGAUGCUCCCGUUGAUUGUUGCGGGGAGUGCGUUACAGCGAGGCACGGAGUCUAACUCUGCUGUUGCGGUGAUGUACGGACGGUCGGUUGUUUCGCAGAAAUUGAGCUCGAUGUCUAUCUACUGCAGUGCGGACUCUGUGGACCAGGCAAAGGGGAUUGUUGAGGGGGUGUGGAUGAGCGCGGAUCAUGGAUGGAAUACCUUUGAUACUGAUGUGAAUGAGGGGUUUGUGUUUGUGGAUUGGACUGAUUUUAUAAUGGAGAAGGGGGUCGGUGAUCUUGCUGGGUAG